AUGACCACAACUCAUAAGAGGACGAACCCACAUAUGUUUCUACAGAGACUCAAUUCCAGCGUGUCAUCACUGAGUACCAUUCCCCAGGGUGAGCAAGUGGUAAACUUUGAACUUGACUCUUUCCAGGAAUCGGAUUCAGAACGUCUAUCGAAAGGAAGCCCGCACGAUGAAUUAGAUGUGGAAAGGCAAUUGUCAGUGUGGGAUUACGGUUCUUAUUCUAAUAAAUGGAUAGUUUGGAUCAAGUGGUUGACGGUACUGCUAAUUGGUACUCUGGGUACGAUUUUAAUCAUGAAUAUCUUCUUCCAAGGCAUCUAUUUAGGUACAGCGACAGACGAUACCACAUAUCUAAUAAACAAAAGAGGAUUCACAAUUGAUGCAUUUUUGAAUGGGACCUUUGUUAGCCGCGAAGAUACUUUUAAAUUUAUAGCACCUCCGGCAAUUGAAUACAUACCGAAAGAAAAGGAUUCCGGGCUUUACUUAACGAUGGAGAAAAAUUCUCAAAAAGAUGAUAUUAUAGUAGCGAAACGACUUAAUGAUAAGGAUUUUCGUAAGCUGAUUUCUCCGUUACAAUUUACCUUCAAUGAACACAAAUAUUCACUUGAAUCUAUUAGCAUCGACUAUUCUUUGGAUUAUGCCAUCCUCGGCUCAAAUGUUAUUAAAGAGUAUAGACAUUCCUCAAGUGGCUUGUAUUGGCUGUACAAUUUGAAAACGUCCGUAUUGACUCCUGUGAAGGGAAAGGAUUCAAAAUCUCCACAUCCCAGGCUAUCGUAUUGUCACUUUUCUCCCAGUUAUAGGUAUAUUUACUUCGUUGAAGAUAACGAUCUUCACGUUCAGUCCCUCGAUGACCAAGGUGACAUUUACAGGAUAACUUCAGACGGUUCGAAUUACGUUUUAAACGGCAGAACAGAUUGGGUCUACGAAGAAGAGCUUCUGGCUGAUGAUGUAGCUGUUUGGUGGGCUCCUGACGACAGCAAACUUGCUUUUUCAAGAAUAGAUGACGCGAAGGUUAGUAAUUAUAACUAUCAGACUUUCAUCAAUGGUAAACAGACUCCUACUUUGAGAAGUAUGAAAUAUCCGCUCCCCGGUGCUUCCAAUCCUGUCAUUUGUUUGUUCCUUUAUGAUUUGACUAAUAAUUCUUUGAACGCAAUUAAAGAGACAACAGAAGAAGAAGGUAUUCUGCUCUAUUAUGCAAAAUGGGUCGAUAAUAACAAUUUAUUGUUCAAAGUAUCAGACCGUGAAUCAAAAAUUUUGGACACGAUGAUCUUCAAUAGUGAAAAUAAUCAAACAAAGCGAUUACUAACUAGAGAUGCCAACACAUAUAAUGGUUGGAUUGAGAAGUGCAAAGAAAUUAUUGUAGUUCGCAGGAAAGGUCAAGAUAUAAAUACGGGUUUUUUGGAUAUUUUGCCAGAUAAAAAUGGGUACCAUCACAUUUUUCAUUUUGCGUCUUCAGAGGAUACAAACCCAAGACAGAUAACUGAAGGAAGUUGGGAAGUUAAAGAAAUUUUGGGUGUGGAGGGAGAAUCUGAAAUUGUUUACUUUCAAUCAAAUUUGUUUCAUCCAAUGGGCCUGCAGCUCCAUACCGCUUCAUUAAAAGAUAACAGUGCAACACUGAAUUUACAGCAAACAGAAGUGCUUGAGUAUUCAAAGUUUACAUUGUCCACUAGUUGUAAAUUUGCAAUUAAACAGUAUCUGGGACCAGAUGUUCCAUACACCUACGCCGGAGAUCUGUGGCAAUUGCUCAACGCUUCGGAAGAUGAUCACAGUAAAAUACUUCUUACAAAAAAUGAACACAUCGAAGAGGCUAUACAAAUGUACGACUACCCCGUAACGGAUUACAAGGAAAUCACACUGGAGGAUUACACAGAAAUAAACUAUGUUGAAAUAAAACCGAAAACUUUCGAACCGGAGAAAAAAUAUCCUUUAUUGGUUUAUGUUUACGGGGGUCCUGGCUCAGAGACUUUCAACACCAAAUUUUCCUCAGCGUUGGAAGAGAGUAUAUCUUCUAGUAUAAAUGCUAUUGUACUGAAAAUCGAGCCAAGGGGCACAGGUGGAAAAGGAUGGAACUUUAAAAGUUGGGCCAACAGAAACAUCGGCUUCUGGGAACCCCGUGAUAUCAUUAAUGUCACAAAAAAGUACAUCGAAACUCAAAAGGAUGUAAUUGCCCAAGACAAGGUAGCAAUAUGGGGAUGGUCAUACGGAGGUUUUACCACUUUGAAAACCCUUGAAUUUGAUAAAGGAAGUGUUUUUAAAUAUGGAGUUUCUGUUGCUCCGGUGACUGACUGGAAAUAUUACGAUUCAGUAUAUUCUGAAAGAUAUUUGGGGUCACCCCUUUCAUCAGAUGCAUAUGACAAAAACGCUAAAAUCAAAGACUAUGACUCCUUCAAGUUCACAAAAAGAUUUCUGUUGAUGCACGGUACGGCAGAUGAUAACGUCCACAUCCAGAAUACUUAUGAACUAAUAGACAAUUUUAAUUUGCAUAGUGUUCGGAAUUAUGACAUGCAUAUAUUCCCAGAUUCCGACCACUCAAUUUAUUUCCACAAUGCUCAAAGAAUGGUAUAUGAGAAGAUAUAUUUUUGGAUUAAGGAUGCCUUUUUAGGGAGGUUAGACAGUUUAGAAUAG